UUUAACUUUUAAAAUGGGAUUUAAUUUCAUUUAUGAACCGUACUCCCCUAACUGAUAUGGUCGUCAAUUUGGGUUUGCUCAAGUGUGCCCUACAGUGCUUAAUGUAUCUUGUCGGCAGCCCUCUGAGUGGUCAAAAUUUUAUUACAACUGGCGCCAUAUGCUACGCUGCGGUACAAAAGUCUCAUCGGAGUUACUAGGCUCCCGAUCUGCUUCUCACGUAACCAUGCCUUAUGCCAAUUGGUGGUUGGGAACUUUCUUUACCGUGCUCCAAUAUGUUACUCAUACCCAGCCGAAAUGUUCACGCAAGAGAAAACUGGAUGUCAAUUAAAGACCGAAAGAUGAAGAAUCCUUCUUAUUCUAGAGCUAGGUCAUCAUCUUCACCUAGUGCUCUGGAAGCAUCACCACCUCAGGGAAUGGAUAAUAGUCGACCACUUAUUACUUGGUUUCAGAUCUCCUUCAUCUUUUCGAGGAUAUGUGUAAUUCUCAAUUUAAAAUGAGAUUUAGCUUUGAGCAAGUAGAUUCUCUGGCCCUCAAUUUUCUAGUCUAGCAAAGUUUUUUUCAGAGACUAUGUCUAUUAGUGAUUGUACAGGAACUUCCUAACCAACAGUAUCGACCAAAAGCCCAAUAGACCAAUUUCGCACAUACCUGUACUCUUUUCUUGAAGAUAAAGAUGAGAAUAUGAUUCAAGAACUCUUUGAGGGAGAUGGGUAUGAAUUACCUGCCUUGGGUCGUAUUCGCAUUAAGAGUGUUGAAAUUUCUUCUCCCACCAAAUCUUUUGAUCGUUUUCUCAGUGGGAGUAGCGAGAGUGAAGAUGAGUUUUAUUGCUACACCCCUCUUUUAGAUGGCACGCCAACUAAGAUGAGUAAAUUGCCCCCAGCAAAUGUAGCUUUUUCUUCUCCUUCUUCGAACGAGCCAUCCAAGCUAUUAGAGAAAGGUAUAAUUCUUUUUCCUUUUUUUAAUUUUAAUACCUUUCAUUUUCUUAGGCACUGCGCCUCGGACUUCCCUAGCUGCCUUGCAUAUGCCAUUGGCUACCUUUAAGGAUCAUGCCACAUUGCAAAAUUUGUGGUCAACUUGUGGGAAUCACAACUUGUCUCCUCCUCCACCUAAGUCUCUUCAAGCCGUACACCAAGAAAGUACUUCUGACACAUUGGAAGAGACAGACGAAAUUACUUCUGAUACCUCGGAAGAGGCCCAAAUUCCUACAGACUUACUUGAAGCAAAUGGGGUUAACAAAUUAUUUGACAAACUUGAAGCAACCUUUGCUCCAUCUAGCCUUCUUUUGGGAACUUCCUCUAAUGAAGCAGCCACCCAUAUUCAGAAAGAUCUUACUAUUUCUCUCCAAUCAAUGAUGGAUCUAAAUGGCAUGAUUGUUGUAGCAAACAACGUUUUCGUGAUUUUGAAGAGUUUGGGUGUAGACUUCAUCUCCUUUUACGAGAAGGUGAAGAUAUUCCUUGGGUGCUUUGCUUUGAAAACCCAACUUGCAGAUUCUUCAAACUUGUCUACUGCAAAAUUUGAGGCCCAAUACUAUGAGAAGAAGCUUCAUUUUGACAAAGUUUCUGGCGAACAUGAACAGUUGUCUGCUUCAAUUAUCAAGUCGGAUGAGCACAUUGCGGGUCUUAAUCAAAGGAUUAUUUAAACCAAAGAGUUACUCAAACAACUUGAAGAGGAAUUUUCAUCCACCCAAGCGGAACAUGCAUCCUUUAUGUGUGAUUUUGCACAAGCUUCCGAGAGUGUUUCUAAAUCAGAAGAAGACGUGCAAACUGCUCUAAAUGUUUUGAGCCAACACAAGAAGAAGAAUGGACAACACAGUGUUGUGGAACGUGCUUUUGAAAGGGUUAAGGCUUCUCUUAAUGAAUGAAUGCACUUUUAUUUUGUUAUUCAUCCGAGCAUAAUGUAUUUAUGAAAUUUCGCUCAGUGAUAGAUUUAUUUGUUAUAUGAAAUUUCUCAAUAUAAUACAUUGAUUUGUCUUAUUUUAGCCGUUCACGGUUUAUACUCUUGCGGGCCAAGAGUAUCCAAUGUUUUAUCACCUUAGAUUUCGGUGAG